AUGGUCGGCAGCCUAGGCUGUCAGCGUGUUUCUAUGUCGCCACCCUCCACAAUUAGACAGUUGGAGGGUGAACGAAUUUCUCCAUCAGUUCGAUUCUUGCAUAGAAGUUGCAAUCCAAAAACAAAAGGAACAGCUGUCUGUCGAGAAAUGCAACUUAGCAAAAUGAUGCUUCUGAAGGGCCUUAAGCAUCGGUUUCUGGAAAGCAAUCCAGGACAUCCUUUUGCUAUUGGUCUUACUCUGGCAAAGCUUGCUGCUUUUAUAGUGGAUGAAAAGGGGAAUGAAACAUUUGACACCAGUGGUGCACUAGAUAAAUUACGAAAGCUCAGUCCCAUUUUCCAUCUUUUGUAUCCUGCUUUUCCAUUUAAAUAUUUAUCAUUGCAACUUGAAAGGCUUGCUAUGUAUCACGAUUCCAGCCAACCUCCUUGGAUGGUGGAUGAGAAAUGGGAAGAUCUCAGUCCUAAGGAUUGGGUUGAGAUAUUUGAAGAUGGAAUAAAUGAACCUGCUAAGGGUCAUGCAGUUUCUGCAUGGGCUCGAGAUCGCCACUACUUAGUUUCACUAUAG